UACAUUUCAAUGUUCUUCUCAUAAAUUAUCAAUUGAUUAUCUUUGUUGCCAAUUGUUUUCAUCGAUUCACCAAAGAAGAUCAAAGUGAUUCUCCUCUUAUCUUGACACCAGUUAAAUUAACUGAAGGGCCAAACUGUAAUUUACACAACUGCAGGGCCAAAGUGUAAUGGGCCAAAGUGUAAUUAGCCUUAAAUUAAUAUCGCCUUCCGCCGUGAAAUGGGGGGGAGGGGAAUUGGAUUCAAGCUCCGCCGCGGCUAUCCGGAACCUUUAACACCGACAGUUAUCCGGCGGCCAGCAGCGAUCCGCUUAGAGACGAGUAACUGCGAGCUCCUUCAAAUUGAACCUCGCCAACUUCAAUUCCCAUUCGAAUUGAAGAAGCAGAUCUCAUGCUCGAUGCAAUUGACGAACAAGUCUGGGAAUCAUGUUGCAUUCAAGGUGAAGACAACAAAUCCGAAGAAGUACUGUGUGAGGCCAAACACUGGAGUCGUGAUGCCAUACUCUAGUUGUGAUGUCACAGUUACCAUGCAAGCCCAAAAAGAGGCUCCACCGGAUAUGCAAUGCAGGGAUAAGUUUCUCCUCCACAGUGUAGUGGUGAACCCUGGGAUAUCUGCAAAGGAUAUUACUCCAAAAAUGUUCAACAAAGAGUUGGGGAACCAAGUAGAUGAAUGCAAAUUGAAAGUAGCCUACGUUCCACCCCCUCAACCACCUUCACCAGUGCGAGAGGGUUCAGAGGAAGGCUCCUUCCCAAGGGCAUCGUUGUCAGAGAAUUGGAAUGUAAAUCAGAUGCUGGAAUCUUUAACACGGUCAAUUAUCUGGCGCACAGCAGCAAUCCGCUUAGAGAUGAGUAACUACGAUCUCCUUCAAAUUGAUCCUCUCGAACUUCAAUUCCCAUUCGAAUUGAAGAAGCAGAUCUCAUGUUCGAUGCAAUUGACAAACAAGUCUGAGAAACAUGUUGCAUUCAAGGUGAAGACAACAAAUCCAAAGAAGUUCUGUGUGAGGCCAAACACUGGAGUCGUGAUGCCACACUCUACUUGUGAUGUUACAGUUACCAUGCAAGCCCAAAAAGCGGCUCCACCGGAUUUGCAAUGCAGGGAUAAGUUUCUCCUCCAGAGUGUAGUCAUUACUCCAGAAAUGUUCGACAAAGAGUCGGGGAACCAAGUAGGUGAAUGCAAAUUGAGAGUAGUCUACGUUCCACCCCCUCAGCCACUUCACUGGUGCGAAGAUGGUUCAGAGGAAGGCUCCUUACCAAGGGCAUCGGUGACAGAGAAUGGGACUGUGAUGUCAAAAGAAUUCCCUGAAUCAAAUGAAGUCACAUUCUGAGGUUAUAUUAGAAAGAUAUUGUACAGGUUGGGCAAACUCAAGACUGAUUAGUUUAUGUUGACAAAUCUCUCUAGACAAAAAAUUUAAAAAUUGAACUUCAAGUAGCUUAUGAGUAUAUUAGCAUCUAUAUGGCUCUAGUUUGAUUGUAUACCAUAACAAAAGUUUGGUUCUUCAGUUUUUGAAAUUGAAUCGAAAAUUUUGAUUCUGCUAA